AGGGAAGUGGUUCUCAAACUUUUCAUGUCAAGUAAGAUAAUAUUUGACUUUCGGAGCAUCACAAGAUCUUAAUAAGUUUCAGUUUCAUUUUUGAUGAUCUCAGUCCCCGUUCCUUUGCUCUGCUCACUUCUUUCAUAGCACUUUCACAACACAAUCCUACUAAUGGAACUACUGCACAUCACAUCAGGUUGAUGGGCGGGUCGUGAUGAGGUUACGUGGGUUUUUCCUCCCCUCCCUGAAGUCCCGCCCCUUUCUCUUCUGCUGUCCCACCUCAUCCAGUCAGCAGUCGGCUCACCUGUCUGAUGGCCCCACCCCCCAGCCUCUGACUGGCCAAGAUGUGCAGGUGCAGGGGCAAAGUUUCCCUCGAGACGACUUCACGAAUGUCACGCCCAAAAUUUUAGAAAAAGUUGGAGUUAAUUUGCAUAAUCAGAAGCACCACCCGCUAUGGAUCAUCAAGGAGAGGAUCAAAACUCACUUCUACAGUUCGUACAUUGGCCGCUGGGGAAACCCUCUGUUUUCGGUCCAUGAUAAUCUGAGUCCAGUGGUCUCUGUGCAGCAGAACUUUGACAGUUUACUGAUUCCUCCAGACCAUCCCAGCAGAAAGAAAGGAGAUAACUACUACAUCAACAGGACCAUGAUGCUGCGUGCUCACACGUCUGCCCACCAGAGGGAGCUGGUGAGCGCGGGCCUUGAUGCGUUCCUAUUGGCUGGAGAUGUUUAUCGCCGUGACGAGAUCGACUCCUCCCACUACCCUGUGUUCCACCAGAUGGAGGGGGUCCGGCUCUUCUCCAAUCAUGAGCUCUUCUCGUCGGUGGACGGGGGUCAGUCCUUAUCCCUAUUUGAGUCUUGUGGACGCAGGACUCCUCAGAAGCAGGAGGUGCACUCUCUGGAGGCCGUCAAACUGGUUGAGUUCAACCUGAAGGACACGCUCACCUCCCUCAUCCUGCAGCUGUUUGGCCCAGAGGUGGAGCUGCGUUGGGUGGAUUGUUACUUUCCCUUCACUCACCCAUCCUUCGAGUUGGAGGUUCGAUUCCAGGGACAGUGGCUCGAGGUGCUGGGCUGUGGUGUGAUGGAGCAACAACUACUGCACUCAGCGGGGGCGGGACAUAAGCUUGGCUGGGCUUUUGGAUUGGGUCUGGAGCGUUUGGCCAUGGUUCUGUUCAACAUCCCCGACAUCCGCCUGUUCUGGAGCCGAGACGAGCGCUUCCUCAAACAGUUCCGAGUGCACGACCUCCAGCAGCCAAUCAGCUUCCAGCCUCUCAGCAAAUUCCCUCCACUCCAUAAUGACAUUUCCUUCUGGAUUCCGGACUCUGGAACGUUCUCCCAAAACGACUUCUUUGACCUGGUGAGGACCAUCGGAGGAGACCUGGUGGAGCAGGUCACUCUCGUCGACCAGUUCACCCACCCAAAGACAGGGAGGAGGAGCGAGUGUUACAGAAUCGUUUACCGCCACAUGGAGCGAACUUUGACCCAGGAAGAGGUCAGAACCACACACGAGCAGAUCGAGAGAGCAGCCGAGAGUGACUUGGGGGUGCAGGGACGAUAUUGAAGUACUACUAAUACUACUACUACUACUGCAACUACUCAACAACAGUGGAUUUUCCAUUUGGAUAUUUCCCAUGAUGUCGUCACUUCUGAACAAAAUUGGAAAAUUUUGGUCUUUACUAUCAAAUUUCAGAACUAACUUUUUAUUUCUUAAAUAGGGGGUAUUAUGCAGAAUCUUUUUUUUUUUCUUUUUACCGUUCUACCAUGUUAUAACGUUCCCUCAUCAAAAACAUGAAGAGAUUUUAAAUGUCAUCAAUGCACAUUCACCCAUUUGCAAGGCUCCGCCCACAAGCCUACAUCACCCAUGCUCCACAUGACAAUACUCCAUAAAUAUAAAAAAUAUGAUACAAACUGUACACAGCAGCUUGACAAACCUGAUGUGAUGUGCAGGAGUUUCAUUAGUGGGAUGCAGCUGAUUGUGUUGUGAUAGAGCUCUGAAGGGGGAGUGGCUUAGGGAGCAAGGAGAGGGGGGACUCAAAGCGUCAAAAACAUAAGUGAAACUUAUAAAACAUGUUAAUAUGUUAAUACUUUGUUUUGGGUGAAUGUAACAUUUUCACAACAAUAAAAGGCAACAUGGUGAUCUAAAUGUGUUAUGUGUUACAGUUAAUGCUCCAUAGACAUGAAAUACCCCCUCUUUAAGAUAUUUGAAAAUACAGCAAAUAAGUUGUAAUGAAUGUCUUGUGAUAUGGAUGUUCCCACAUUUGUAUUGUUUCUGAUGACAU